CACGAGCAAUGCCUUUCCACAAACACGAAACGACAACAGUACAAGUCAAAGGCUGUCAUUUCGGAUAACAGAGGCUGGUGUGAAUUCAUAAGCUAGUUAAAUCUGAGUAUUAUGUCAGGUAAUACCAGAUUCAUACUCGUAAAACAUUAUUUAAAGACGAAAGGUGAACCAGUUGCCGCAAGCUGGAUAUAGUUAUUCCGAGCCUUAGAUCGCUAAACAUGCGCAUUUUAUAGACGGCAGUGAGCCAGCUUCCUGUUUCUUGCGUCUACCUCAAUGUCAGUAAUUGGACAACGAAGGAGUUACCGUUUCAGAGCGCGCGACCAAUGGGAAAACUGCCAUUUUUUGAUGGAUAAUUACUUGAAUGAUCUACACACAGGGGAACAUCUACAAGUUACGAUUGGUUCGUAGCUGCUGAUAACCAACAUUUUACAAACCUAAAUUUGAAAUUGUCUGUUUCGUGUGGGAGUGUACCAUUAGAAUAAUGAAUAAUUUCUUUUUAUAGAUAUCAAACUCGGUGAUAUGUCACCAUACGCGGCUCCUACGACUAUAUUAACUAUUUGGCCGAAUCGAAAUAAUACCUAAAUGCUCAAACGGGAUAUGUGAGUGGAUUAAUACACACGACUUCUGCGGAAAAGAAUAAGUAGUGCAAUUGAACACCAAUUGAGCCUCAAUCACAUCCGUUAAAAAAUACAUUCAGACUUUUGCAGCAUAUGCGAUUGUUCCGAACUGAUAUAAUGAAAUAUUUCGGAACUUUGCGUUACACAUCUAUUCUCGUUCGCAGUUUUUACAUUUUCAUGUUCGUUGGGAGUUCGUUCUCUGAAUUUGACGAGUGCUCCAGUGGGGGCCACCGGAUCAUCGAUGAUCCGUAUCGGAGCAAAAACUAUGGUUUGGGACGCGACGAAGGUGUUGGAGGUAGAUGCGACAAUGCUUUAGAAAGGGGAUGGUAUGUGUUUAUGAUGUAUGGAAAAUUCGCCGAGAUGCCAACGGAAUGUGUUAAUGUUAAUUAUUGUGGUACUUCAGGGCCAAUAUGGCUGGAUACGAUGGGCCAAAGUUUACCGUUACCGGGAGAAAAUAGGACGUUCGAAUCUUGUGCAACUUUAAAACCUCGAAAUUAUCAUCCAAAACUUGAACGUCAACACUGUUGUGGAUUCAGGUUACCCGUCAUUGUCAGAAAUUGUGGAGACUUUUUUGUAUACUUUUUAAGUCCAACCCCGUCGUGUAUGUUAGCAUACUGUGUCCAAGAAAUGAAAGUUCGUUGCAAACCAUCGGAGUACUCUACUGACGGAUUCGCGCCCUGUAGAGAAAAGUAUCCGACACUUGCUAGGGGACCGAAAUUAUCUAUUGCGAUAAGAGAAGAUGGCGCUUACUUGAGUAGUGUUUAUGAGAUAUCAUUUACAGAACAACCCAACAAUGUUGUUUAUCAAGUCACGUGGUAUAAAACAGUAAAUGAAAACCUCACAGAAAUAUUUGCUACAGAGACGAACGAGCCAAUUGCAUUCCUACCACUGAAGACGCACAUACGAAUGGGUGACGAAAUUCUAUGCAAGGUAUCAACAUUUUUCAACAAUACAAGGGAAAUGAAAAGUCCAGCUAUCGACAGCGAAGUAUUUAAGGCGGAAAUCAAGAUUUCUUCAGACCAUCUGGCGUUGGUAGAAAAUGGAGAGAGUCAUAAAGUUAUAUUUGAAACUACUGUACCUGUUGUAUGUGGAGAUACCGAAGGAAAAUGUAGUAUCACAAUACCACUAACACUUGAUAAAGACGAACAUAACUUACACCCGGAUAUUGCAAUUUCUGAAUGUGCUGUGGAGAUAAAACCAAGAAAAUGCUCAAAACGCAACUGUGGAAAGGGGGUUGUGUACAUAAAAGCGGUCACUGAUUUUAUGCGAGAUGGCAACAGAGUUAGUAAUCUUCGAACUGGUGCAAUCGUCAGCGAUGAUGAAAUGUGGAAUGGUUACAAUAUAGAUGAUAUAAAGGUAUCCGUUAAAGAUGUUACAGGAGGUCAGUGCUACUCAUUCACUGAUCCACACUUCAUCACAUUCGAUCGCUUAAAAUACGAUUUCUACAAAACAGGGACAUACAUAUUGCACAAAAGUUUAAACAGGGAUUUUGAGGUCAAUUCACGGAUAUGGAAUUGUGGUGGUGCUAAAGAUGAAAUUUCGUGCAAUUGUGGUUUUGUUGCCCGAGAAAAUAAUGAUAUUAUUUCCGUUGACAUGUGCAACGGCGUGCUGUUAGAAACGCAACCGGAAGUGAAGAUAAUGAGUUUGUUGCCGUUAGAAGAUGGUGUCAAAAUCAAGGAAUCAAAAUCUGGAAACAAGAUAACAGUAAGUUUUCCUUCAGGAGCAUUUGUCCGUGGAGAUAUAUCUGACUGGGGGAUGAGUAUUACAGUUCAAGUACCAUCCAGUGACUUCAAUCAUACCUGUGGUCUCUGUGGAAUAUUUGACGGCGAUCCCAAUAAUGAUUAUCACUAUGAAAAACAAAAUAAGAUGGACAUCGACAUGAAGUUUGGUCAACCAAAUGAAUUUGUUGAAUUGUGGAGAUUACGUGACGGUGGCCUUUUUAAUAAUUUACAAGAACAUAAAAAAUAUCCAAAGAGGAAACAUUUCUGUAACUGUGAGAAACCACCUGGAAGCACACUGACACCAGAGCAUAAAUGUAGUCGUUAUGACGAUGUCAUUCGAACAAACCUUAUCAAUUCGAAAGAUAUAACGGCCAAGUUUAAGGCGAAAUCGAGUGAACCUAGACAUAAACGAAGUCUUACAUUACAAAAUGAGCACGAUCUGCACCAAUUCACCCCAUUGAUACAGCACGAAACAGUUUUUGAUCUAACUGACGGAAAUACCACAAAUGAUGAGUAUUAUUUCUACCCGGAUGAUAACUACUCAGAUCUGAGGCCAGUAAACCCAACUUGGCCAACGCCAACUGGAAUAACCCAGAGCCAAGCAGCACAUAUCUGCGAAAAAAAAUUAGGCCAAUCCAAUUCUAAUCUAGCAUCUUUGUGUUCGGAAACAUUAGGAACGGAGAUGUACAUUGAAGAUGCGAUCGCAAUAUGCGUUGCCGACUUGCAACUGACGGACGAUUUUAGAUGGGAUUCAUACGCGUAUACUUUAAUUGAAAAUGAAUGUGAGAGGGCGCUAUUGGAGAAUCAGACAUUAUGGACUCAAAACGAUGAUACAAGUAGAAAUCAUAUAAGCUCUUUACAAAAAAGUCUAAACUGUCCUUAUAAUUGUUCAGGAAACGGUAAAUGCACGUCACUAGGUUGUGAUUGUGACGAUGGAUUCUCCACAAUUGAUUGUAGUGUACGAUAUGAUACGCCCACUGUUACACGUAUUGGAGAUAACGGAUUGUGUGAUAAACGAACGCGAGUAUGUGACGUCAUUAAAAUUAAUGUUGUUAAUGUGAGCAGAACAGAUGUCAUCAGAUGUCACCUUAAUUUAUUAAAUUCAAAUGAAGAAUUGACAGAAUUCGAUAGUAUUGGAACAUUCAGAAACAAACAAACUGUGUUUUGUCCGAUACCAAAGACAACAAUUAAAGACGCUCGUUCACCAACUAAGUGGGCAGUUCAGGUAUCGUUCAACAGUGGAUCUUUGAGCAACGCAGUAAUUGUCACAAUAUUCGAUUCCUUUUGCUUUCAGUGUAACUGGAAAGGCAUCUGUAAUUUAACGAUGGAUUUCUGCUUUAUCGAACAAACAUGUCGGUCAGUCGGUGAAACAUCGCCAACAAACGACUGUUUUACUUGUCUUCCUAAUCUAAACAUUUAUGACUGGUCUAUUAAAGAAGAUAAUUUGAUACCAAUCUUUCCAGUCCCUCCUCCAUUAUUUGUGUUCGCUGGUAAUACACUUGAGUACCAGUUGGAGGCUUCUGAUCUAGACGGUGACGUCAUUGUUUACGACAUCCUUGGGAAAGAAGAUGGUGUAAGUUUGUUGGCAACCGAUGGCAAGUUACUAUGGGUGCCAAAGGAAGUUAAGCAAGUGCUGAUACCGGUAACCGCGACUGACAAAUGCGGCGCCAUAGUGAGCUCAGUUAUUAAAGUAAAUGUUAUGGAAUGCCCCUGUCAAAAUGACGGCAAGUGUAUGUCUGACAAAGAAUACAAGAAAAUGGAUGUUGUCUGUAUUUGCCGAGACGGUUUUAAUGGUCCACACUGUGAAGGUCCUACUGCUUACGAUUUGAUAGUCGAUGCCUGCCGUCCAGACCCUUGCAAAUACGGUUCAUGCUCCUUUUCUAUCGAUGGUAUCUUCUAUUGCCAUUGUGAUGAUGGAUACACAGGUUUAUUGUGCGAGCAGUCUUUGACUCCGUGUGAUCCAAACCCUUGCUUUGAGGGCGUUAACUGCAUUUUGGUGCCAGACAUGUAUUUGGGCUUCAGAUGUGAACCGUGUCCUAAUGGGUAUAAUGGCGACGGCAUCAAGUGCAGGAGACAGUGCUCAGUAACAUGUCCUAAUAACAUGCAAUGCAGUGCUAAUAACCAAUGUACAUGUCAAGAUGGUUGGACAGGCUUUGGCUGUAAAAUAGCUAUCUGUAGACCCGACUGUCAAAAUGGCAUAUGUGCGGCACCAAACGAAUGUAGAUGUUAUGCAGGUUACACGGGUAAACGAUGCAGUGAAGCUAUUUGUAAGCCCGAUUGUAAACACGGUGGUAAAUGCUAUGCUCCUAACGUGUGUGUCUGUCCUUCUGGGUUCGUGGGUGCACAUUGUGAAACGAUGACUUGUCGAGUUAAUUGUCAAAAUGGCGGUUUUUGUUCAGACCCAGAUACUUGUAUUUGUCCAGCGGGAUAUUCAGGACCUACCUGCUCACAAGCCGUUUGUCAGCCUGGAUGUAUGAAUGGUGGGAUGUGUGUAGAACCAUCGCGAUGUCUUUGCUCUCGGGGUUAUAGUGGAAAUUAUUGCCAGCGAGGAAUAUGUCACGAGACAUGCAUGAAUGGGGGUACUUGUGUACGAACAAAUGUGUGUUCGUGUCUGCCUGGAUUCAUUGGAAAACGAUGUGAAAUCCCCAAGUGUGAAAAUCGAUGCCUCAACAACGGAAGAUGCGUUGCACCAAAUACGUGCUCGUGUGCAUCGGGUUGGAGAGGGAGACAUUGUCAAAGAGCUAUUUGCAAUAAUGGAUGCAAAAAUGGUGGUGUUUGCAUAAAACCUAACGUCUGUGCAUGUCAGCAAGGUUAUGGUGGCGCUUCUUGUCAAACACCAAAAUGUCGAAGAGUGUGUAUGUACGGUGGAAGGUGUGUUGCACCUGAUAGGUGUGCGUGUAGACAUCGUUACACAGGAGCCUACUGCGAAAAGAGAUCAAGUAGUGUCAGGUAUUAUCACAGCAGACGACAUAACAUGUGAACUAGUGGACGAAUACUUUAACCGAAGAAAAUAUGGGAACAAGCUGCCAUAGACACAUAUCGCACUUUCGUUAUAUUGUAAUUCUACUAAAGGCAACUUACUGUGUCGUUUUAUGUAGACCUAAAUAUGUGUUUAACAAAGGUUUAAACAAAAGACCAAUCAGGAUCAUGAGUAAUCUGAACUCAGUCCUGCGCUGACUUAAGCGCAAAAGACGUAUUUCAAGCACCUUGAACGUUUAAACGAUCAACCGAUCGAAAUGCCAACCGAUUCACCUUUAUAACGUCACUAAAAUGUCAUUUACAUAUAUUUUAUUAUUACCACCAUUGUAUUACAUAAUAUCAUUCAAAAAUAUAUCACGUUACGCAAGUGACCAUAUAGUUUCUCAAGUGAUGCGUCAGCCUUUAUUAGUCUUUUAAGAGCAAAUCAUCUAGUUUGUAUAUCUUUAUUUUCUCUGGUGAAUGGAUUUAGGCAUAAUACUUUCAAAGAUUAUAUCAUGAUAUUCGUAAUAGGCCUACCGCUUAUAGGUAUUUUCUAACUUAUACAAGUACAGGCCUUUCAAACUACUGUACACUGUUAAUUGUAUACCGGUAUAUUAUUGCAAAGCCAUCCAAAUUAUAAAUAAAUAUAACAUUUGUAUUAUAAUUUAAGGAAGUUAAAUUUGUCUUCAUCAUUCAAAAAUAUAUCACGUUAGGCAAGGGACCAUAUAGUUUCUCAAGUGAUGCGUCAGCCUUUAUUUGUCUUUUAGAGCAAAUCAUCUAGUUUGUAUAUCUUUAUUUUCUCGGGUAAAUGGAUUUAGGCAUAAUACUUUCAAAGAUUAUAUCAUGAUAUUCGUAAUAGGCCUACCGCUUAUAGGUAUUUUCUAACUUAUCAUACUUGACGCAGUCCUUUCAAACUACUGUACACUGUUAAUUGUAUAUAUUAUUGCAAAGCCAUCUAAAUUAUAAAUAAAUAUAACAUUUGUAUUAUAAUUUAA